GGGACCUGCACACCAGCGAGCCUCAUAAAAGAGCUUUCAUGCCUUCCCAGGGCUGAGAAGGCCUUGGCUGGGGCUGAGAGUCCACCUGUCCUGGGAACUGCCUGCGGUUCUGGUGGGCCGUGGCCAGAACCGCCAUGACUAGGUCAUGUGGGCUGGGCCUGCUGCUGGUGCUCGUGCUGCCUGUGGUCAGCGCCUCCAGGCCGGGUGCUGUGGUCAGACUCAACAAGGCAGUGCUGAGCUACGUGUCUGAAAUCGGGAGAGCCCCUCUCCAGCAGGCCCUGCGGGUCACUGUCCCAUAUUUCCUGGACCGGAAUGGAGAGGUGAUUCAGCCCAGCAGGAUCCAGAUUCUGAGUGUCUCUGUGCCCCACCUCCGCCUGAAACUCAUUGCCGGUUUGGGGGUACACUUGGCAGCAGAGGCCAAUUUUACUUUCCAGGUCUUUAGGGCCCCAGAACCCCUGGAGCUGAUGCUGCCUGUGGUGCUGCUGGCUGACGCCCGUGUGGCCCAGGGCUCCAUCGGGACGCCUGUCGUCAGCAUCUCUGCCUGCUUGUCACUCUUUGGUGAUGCCAUCCUGUUUGAUGGCAGUAACAGCACGGCCCCGGCGCUGCUGGUCCCAGUGCAGAAGCACAUCAAAGCUGUCCUACGUGACAAGGUGUGCCUGAGCAUCUCCAACCUGGUGCAGGACCUCAAUGUGCACCUGGGCACUUUGGUUGGCCUCAACCCUGUGGGUCCAGAGUCCCAGAUUCGCUACUCCAUGAUCAAUGCCCCCAACAUCACUAAUGAUUACAUUUCCUUGGAUAUCAAUGCUGUUCUCUUCCUGCUGGGCAAGCCCAUCGUCCUGCCCGGGGAUGCCACCCCCUUCAGGCUGCCAGAGCAUGUGGGCCGCGAUGGUGCCAUGGCAACCGUGGGCCUCUCCCUGGACCUGUUUGACUCUGCCUUCCUGCUGCUGCAGAAGGCUGGUUCCCUCAACCUGGACAUCACGGGGCAGCUGAAGUCGGAUGACAAUCCUCUCAACACCUCCAUGCUGGGCCAGCACAUCCCUGAGGUGGCCCGCCAGUUCCCCGAGCCCAUGCCUGUGGUGCUCAAGGUGCGGCUCAGCGCCACACCCACGGCCACGCUCCAUGCCGACACGGCCACGCUGCGGCUGCAGCCCUUUGUGGAGGUCCUGGCUGUGGCCUCCAACUCAGCGUUCCAGUCCCUCUUCUCCCUCGAUUUGGCAGUGAAUCUGACCCUCAAGUUCUCUGUGUCCAAGGUGAAGCUUCAGGGGAACACGACUGUGCUCGGGGAUAUCCAGCACACUGUGGCUGCUUCCAAUGUGGGCUUCAUUGAUACGAAUCAAAUGCACAUGCUCAUGGGCUCUCUGUUCGAGAAGCCCCUUCUGGACCACCUCAACGCUCUCUUGGGCAUAGGGGUUGCCCUCCCCAACAUACUCAACCUUCACUACGCCUCCCCUGAAGUCUUUGUUUAUGAGGGCUACGUCGUGAUAUCCAGCAGACUCUUCUUCCAGCGCUGAGGUGGGACCACUGGGAGAGCUAAGAGUGGGCCCUCUUGCUGCUCUGGGACCCUUUUGCCUCAAGCCACUUGGGAAACUGAGGCAAAGCCACACUUGGUCAUCACCAGCAAGUUGGACAGCCCAGCUGGACUGCUUAAUUCCAUCCCUGCCCUUUCCUCUCCCCAUUCCUAUUCCCUCCUUUCUCCAUCCCCCUCCUUGUGGUGAUCAGACGGCUCCUCUGGGCUGUACAGACCUGUCCCCUCUUGCAUUAAACAUUUCCU